AUGAGUGAAAUGAUCAAUUAAAAGAUUAAACCUGAUGUAGACUUGCAUUCUUACUACAAAAUGAGGACAAAGGGGAAAAAAUUCUCUCUUGAAUUUAAUUAAAUGUCUUAUACUCAUGGUUCUUUAAGUGAGAAUAUAAGGGACGGGCUCAUUUUAAGUAAUCAAAUGAAAACAAUUAACGAAAGUGAUGAGUUCAAUCAAUCAAAAAUCAAUGAAGCGUAGAACUAAUUUUUGUAGCCUUAAUCUGAUAUUUUUAUAGGUAGUUCUGAAUCCCAUCUAAGUCAAUCAGCGAAUGAAGAUUAGAUGAAUUCCAAAAUCAGGCUACUUAAUAAUAAAAAGUAAUCGAUGGAAAUAGGAAUAUAAAAUAAUGAUAUGUUUAAUGAUACUAAAUGCAAUAGCUCAACAACUCAUUACAAUCCAGAAAUGCACAGCAAAAUAAAAAAAACUCAUAAAAUUGGAACGAAAAGCUCACGGAGUUUAGAUUACGCUUCCAAAUAUAAGAAUAAUUAUAAUUAUAUUAGAAAUUUUCUUGUAAGUGGCUAACCUAAAUUUAAAAAUAAAUAAGAUAAUUGUUUUCCAAAUUAAUAAAUAAAUCAAUAACAAUUUGAUUAAAAUGAUUGCAGCGGAGAGAACAUUUAAAAUUUGAACACACAUAAGAAGAAAAGAAAGUAUAGUCAUUCUAUUGAUGAAAUAUUGUGGAAAUCUAAGCAUCAAAGCUUAGCAUCUUAAUUGGAGUUUUAAAACCAAAAAAAAUUAACAACACGCUUAGAAUGUCAAUCCUCUAUUCAUAAUUUACUAAAAAGUAAGCUUGCCUAAUUUAAGAUGAAAAGAGCUAGUUCAGAUCAAUCAUAAAUGCUAACAGUAAUAGAAAUUAUGGAAUAAUUCUAUUCUAGAUAAGCUAUUAAAAAUAUCAAUUAAAAUGAAUUAGAUAUUUCCUAUGAUUUCAAUACUUCCUGCUGUUCUAACUCUAUUACGCCUUAGUUUUUCACUGAGGAAACAGCGGCAAAGUAUAUUUUGAAACUCUUCAAAAACAGAAACUUUUUAAAGAAAAAUUAUUUAGAAGAAAUUCAUAAAAGCAAAGAAGGUCAUAUUUAAUUUAAGGAAUGCUGUCUUGAGGGAAAAUGCGCAGCAAACGGAAACAAAACACCACAUGUAAAUAAAAUCAAGUGCAUGCAUAAAUACCUCCUUUUGUAUAGAGCAUUUUAAGAUGAAUAAUUUUUCAAUGAGCUAGUAAUUAAUACAUACGAUUUUCUAAUAAGCAAUCAUGAGUUAUUUACUCAAAUGGUUUGCUUCUUCUUUUUCAAUGAUAAUGUCUCUUUUAAUAGAUAAUUUAAAUGUCUUGAAUUUUGUCUUAAAUGGAUCUCUAAAAGGCCUUUUACUUUCCAAGAAAAUUCAGACCUGUUUUAUAAAAUGAAAGAGUUUGUAUAAUUUAUAAAAUUAAAAUAUUGUUCUUUCAAAUUAUCUGAAAAUGGAGCAGCUUAUUAAAAGCAAGCUUCUCCCUGUAAAUGCGAUUCCUUUUUAAAGCAAUUUAAUUUUGUAAAUAAUCCAAAUGAUAAUUAAGAGCAAAUUUAUAUUAUAUAGAAAGAUCCUCUUACUAUUUAAUCACCAAUAAAACUUUUGAAACAAAACUUUUCUACACCAGCAAUGGACGAAGCAAGGUCAUAUGAAUUUUAUAAGUUAAAAAAUCUUCAAUAAAAUAAAUCUGAAGCAAUUAGUCAUCCUGAAUAUAACUUAAGACAAAACAGUAUAGGCAGUAACUAAAACUCAUAUUUUGAUAACCGUAUGCAAAGCAAUGACUUCUCUGUCUAAAAUUCCUUUAACAAUAUAAACAAUAAUAACUCUUACAACUCAAUUCCUUUAAAUAACAUAAAAAGUGAAUCAAAUAAUAAUAGCAAUAAUAACGACAAUGUUAAUAGUAAUAAUUAUGAUAGCACACAUGUAUCUUUAGCUUCUAGAUCUGAAAAGAGAAGAGGCCCUCCACCUGCUCUUGCUAGAUAUAAUAACACUCCAAAUUAAAAUUAAGCUAAGAAAUUGCUUUCUAAAAUUAUUUUAAACUAAAAUUCUUCUUCUCCAUAAAAAAUUUAAGAAGAAAAGUAAAUCGAAAAGAGUUAAUAACAAAUAUAGAGUUUUGAUAGUAAAACCACUUCAAUACCUUUUAUAAAAGACAGUAGAGGAGCUACAAGCUCAAUAUAUUGUAAUUCUCAAGCGACUGCAGCAUGCACCUUUACAAAUCAAGGAGAGAAUGUGAUUUUUUCAUAAACAGAGUCUUCUGCUCACAUAAACACUUUUAAAUCAUUAUUUUCAGAAAGAAAAGAAAGUCAAGAUUUGUUGUAAAUACCUUAAUUUAAGGGUCCUUAAGUAAAAUCCAUGCUAAUUAAUUAAACAUAAAGCAUAGAUGAGUUUUCUUCAUCAUACAACAAUAAAACAGGUCUUAUUUAUCCUACCAAUUUAUCUGCUUCUCUCUACCUAGAAUAAUAGUCUAGCAACAAUUUAGAUAACAAUUAUUUGUCUGGAUCUAAUAGUAUGAGCAAGUCUCAUCAACCACCAUAAAAAUAAUAUGCCAAGUUAAGCCAGCUAGAGACUAAGUAGAAUCACAUUUAGUAUAAGGAUGGAAUUAAAGAAGAAGAAAUUAUUGAAUCUUAGGAAUCUUCUUAUAUCUCUUCUUAGUCUUCCUCUGUAAGAGAAAAAAGUUACAGCGCCAGUUAAUUAACAUUAGUUGUUUAGUCUAUUUAAUAGGGAAACUCAUCAUCGAAUUCGAAUGGAAAUAAUUCUAGUUUAAAAUCUUAUCAAAACACUAGUGCUUUGAAAUUAAGUCCUCCAAGCUAAAAUGUAAGCCAACUAAAAUAAAUGAGUCCUAAUAACAGUAAUCAGCAAAACAGUUCUUUAAAAUUGAGCUUGAAUAAUGAUAGCGAAAUAAAAAAAAAUAAAAAAAAGUAAUUAAAUAAAAGACUAACUGCUGAUGAAAUAUAGCUAUAAGAAAUGUCUGAAAAGAUUAUGCAAAUAGAAAACACCUUAAUUUAGACAGAGGUGAAACAAAAUGAUAUUAGAUUGACUUCAUAAUUUGCUUAGACAUUUAAGUGUCUUUCUUAAUCUUAGCUCCAAUAGAUUCAAGAUAAAUGGCAUGCAACUAUAAGGUCAAGAUUCUAUGAAAGACUAAAUACCUAAAUUCUGAAGGAAAAGUUUUCUCAUGACAUUUUCAUUUAGUUUGAUAUAGACAUAAUAGCUUAACAAAUAUGUCUUAUUGACCACUCAUUAUUUUAUAAUAUCAAUAUUUAUGAGUUGUUCCAAGACAAAAGACUCAAAUCCUUUAAUUUAUUUACGCAGUAUGGUUAAAAAAAGAAUCUUAAUCUUGUCAAAAGACGCUUUAACUUAUUUACUUACUUCAUUAUUUUUAUAAUAUUAUUGCAACAUUCACAGUCAGAGACACUUCAAAUGUAUGAAAAGCUACUUCAUUUAAGUGAAAGGGCUCUUGAGUACUAAAAUUACAAUCUUUGUCUAUAAAUUUAUUCAUCUUUUAACUCAAGUAUAAUUUAUGAGAAAAUAAAGCAAGUCUAGUAAGUAUCUUCUUAGUUAACUAAAAAAAGAUUCUCAGUUUUAGAAAAAGCUAUUGAAUUCAAUCGCUCUUUUCAUAGUUUAAAAGAGUCUAUGAGUAAAGCUAAUCCUCCACUCGUACCUGCUUUGAAUAUAAUCACAAGAGACCUCACAUUAUUAGAUCAGAUUAAAGAUGAUUUCAUCUAAGUUCAGCACUAGUAGCAAAUAGAUCUAGUCAAAUUUGAAGAAAUAUCUAAACUUUCUCAAAUAAUUUUUAAUGUAAAACGUCACAAAUAUCCUUUUGUAAUUUACCCUGCAGUCUAUGACUUUUUCUCUGUAUAAUUUGAGAGGUACAUGGCUCAAUACAUAGAUAUGAAAGAUAUAUCAACAGUUGAGUUUAAGCUCUCUGAGUUUGCUAAGAAAUCUUGCUCUUCUAAUUCUUCUAAAAACUGA